GUAUUUUCAUGGUUAUCCGAUCAGUGCUGGAUUAUCGCACUGGACUUCGCAUAAACUUGACUUGGAAACACAUGCAGUUACCCUCAAGUGGCGUGUCAUCCCUCUUGUCCUCCGCAUCUCCUUACCCAACACCUGCUCUCGAACAUCCCCCGCGGUGCGCUCAGAAAACCUGACAGCCAUGCCAUCGCCGUCGGAAUCCAGCAGCGUGGUGUCCGUGUCGGGGUCCCGGGCUCUGUCCGGAGGGCGACGUGGGAGCGCACGGCUGCUGCUUUACCUGGGACUCUGUCACCUGGGUCUGGGGGCCAUGGUCCUGGCGUUCAGCUUCACCAGCUUGGCGUUCACCUCCUCUGCGCGGGUUCGUCAGUCCUUACCCUUCUGGGCUGGCUUCUUUGUGGUGGCAUCUGGAGUGGCCGGUGUGGUGUCCUGGAGAAGGCCUCUGACUUUAGUGGUGUCGCUUUUCAUGCUCCUGUCAGCCGUAUGUGUGAUACUGAGUCUAGCAGGUUCCAUGCUCUCCUGUCAGAAUGCACAGAUGGUCAAAUCCCUUCUCAACUGUCGGAUGGAGUCCAGCCAGUGUGUUUGCUGUGAUCCUAAGGACACAUGUUCUACAUCAGAGGAAGAGACCUUGGUUCUCUACCUGCAUGCAGACUGUCACUCUGUGCGUCACCAACUCAAGGACCUGUUGUUCAGUGCCUGUGGCCUCAGUAUUCUUUCUACCAUCAUCUGCACCCUGUCUACAGUCACCUGCAGUAUACACAUCUUCUCCCUGGACCUGCUACACCUGCUGGCUCCUCAUCGCUCGCGGUCUGUUAACCCAGAGUGCACCACUCCUCAGGACGCCUUCCUGACCAACAUGGUGGACUUUGAGGAGUUUGUCCCACCCAUUCCCCCGCCCCCCUACUACCCACCUGAGUACACCUGCAGCUCUGAGACCGACGCCCAGAGUAUUACGUAUAAUGGGUCAAUGGAGAGUCCAGUGCCUCUUUAUCCCACAGAUUGCCCUCCCCCCUAUGAAGCAGUGAUGGGCCAAAGAGCAGCCAGCCAGGCAACAGUGUUUGAUACACAGGCCACUGAGCACUCUGGAGAGAGAGGAACAUCCACAGGCUUCAGUGGAGAAGUGUCGAUGGACAGUGGCUCUCUGCUCAUGUCGGAGAUCGUGGACAUCCCCGACGACAGCUCUCCCUCGGAGGACUCGUGCCUGCUGGAGGUGGGCGUGGGCCUGGUGCGGCGGCGGGGGGCCAGCGAGGGCGGCGGCGGCGAAUACGUCAGCUUCCGCUGCCUCACGCCGCACACGUCCGAGGGCUCGCCGGUGGCCGCCGCGGGCCAGUCCAGGCGCUGCUUCCGCGGGGAGAGGUCCAACUCCUGCUCCUCCCCCAGCACCUACAACACCUCCACCUACAGGUCUCCUCUCUUGCGUAGACAGGCGUUGCUGGCCUGUAGCUGUUCCCAGUUGGAGCAGCUGAGCGACGCCACCCGAGGCUCCCACUGCUCAUCCAUCCCAGAGAUCCGGCUCCAGCCGUCCACGCCGGCACGCCACGACUCCUCCGUCAACCAGGGCCCUCCCGCGGCGUGUCCGGCGGCGGCGGCGUUGGCCCAGACGGACGCCUCAGAUCACCAAGGCAACCCGCCGCUGGCCAUGAUCCCGCUCCAGCGCCUGUGGCACACCAGUGGACGCGGCCGGAGAGACAGUGACAGCCCCCUGCAGCUGGUCAGGUCUCACAGCGAGCCGGGUCUCAGCUCCUCAACUGACACAGGUGAACUGAGUGGUUCCAUUGGCAGUAAAGGCGUGAGUGUCGAGUCUCAGACUUCCACAGACACAGGUCCCGGCUCUGAGGCGUGUCUGCUUCAGCGUAGCUCGGUGGCACCCACCCUCACCCUCCCACGGAAGGGCAGCAUGAAAGCCCUCACUGGGCACCCGCCCUCCAAGCUGCCCCCUGGCACGCCACUGCGGCUGCCCAAAGACUGCGCCCGCUCCCUCACUGACCUCAAGGUGACCCGGGUGCUGGUGGCACGCUUCCUGCAUCGCUCCAGGAGGAACCUGGCUCCCGCAGCUGAGCAUUCUGGGACAUGUAGUCAGGGGCCAAAGAGGCGAGCAGGAACUGAAGGCAGUCUACCCCUCGAGCAGGCCCUUCGCAACACCUGGGGCACCAGCAGAGGUCCGCAGUACCAGCAGCACGUCCAUCGCCAUCGCCACCACCACUCGCACAGCGACAGUCGCCACGACGCCCGGGGCCGGCAGCCCGACGACCCGGCCGCGUGCGCCGAGGGCAUCCACCUGCGGAGCUGCGGCGACCUCAGCUCCUCGUCCGUGGCGUCGCUCCGCAGACUCCUCCAACAGACCCACGCCUCCUCAGGAGCCCUGCACUCAGAGUCAGCACUGUAGAGAGAGAGAGGGAGAGAGCAAGAAGAGA